GCGGGGUUUUAUGCCGAGAAUCUCCUUCUAUAUGCACCGCAGCCGAAGCAAGACGGUGUUCUCCCAUUGCCCUUCGGGGAGACUCAUAAAUUCGCACCAGUAGCGCUAGGAGUACAUAUGUUCCCCCGUCUUAUAAGCUACCUCCUCGGGCUGACCUUUGCUAGGACGUUGCCCAAGUCGCGGCUCAUGUUCUUACGGGGAAGAGUCAGCAUGGGUUGGAUGAUAGACACAGAGGACAAAUACAGUGAUCAAUCAGAACUGGAGUAUCUACUAGAAUACUACAGUCUAGGUCGCGAGGGCAUGACCAAUUACAUUGCAACAACAGCAUUCUACGACAUUACUGGACGGCAUCCAGUCGAACCAGAGAACUUUUUCCAGAUGUAUCAGAAGGAGAUGAAGCCGAAUAAGAAAGUAAAGCGUAGCCAUUAUUAA